GUUUUGCAAUAUAAGUUGGCUUUGUUUCAUUUGGGUUUUCACUCUGCGCCUCCCUCCUCUUGCUCUACUUCUCUUCACUCAGAGAUCUGACCCAAGGAGGAACCAAAUAUGGUGCACGUUGUCUUCUACCGGAAUUACGGAAAGACUUUCAAGAAGCCAAGGCGUCCUUAUGAGAAGGAACGUUUGGAUGCUGAGCUGAAGCUUGUUGGAGAAUAUGGGCUUCGGUGCAAGAGGGAGUUGUGGAGGGUUCAGUAUGCGUUGAGCCGUAUCCGUAAUGCUGCCAGGGAACUUCUUACCUUGGAUGAGAAAAACCCUCGCCGUAUCUUCGAGGGUGAGGCACUUCUGCGAAGGAUGAACAGGUAUGGGCUUCUGGAAGAGAGCCAGAACAAGCUCGAUUAUGUCCUUGCUUUGACCGUCGAGAACUUCCUUGAGAGGCGUCUCCAGACCCAGGUGUUCAAAUCUGGUAUGGCCAAGUCCAUCCACCACGCCAGGGUUCUCAUCAGGCAAAGGCACAUCAGGGUUGGAAGGCAGGUUGUCAACAUCCCAUCUUUCAUGGUGAGAAUCGAUUCUGAGAAGCACAUUGACUUUGCCAUUACAAGUCCUCUUGGAGGUGGCCGCCCUGGAAGAGUGAAGAGAAGGAACCAGAAGGCCGCCGCCAAGAAGGCAGCUGGCGGUGAUGGAGAUGAGGAAGAUGAGGAAUGAGCAAUGAAGUGUCCUAUGGCUUGGAUCUCAUUUUACAUUAAUGCAGCAUUUGGUUUCAUGCUAGUUAUCUUCCCAGACUUGAGUUUAUUAUUGUAGUGAAUGUUUGUCAAACUAUCUUGUUCUGGUUUCUAAUUCGCAUUAGAACUCCUUUGUUUUGCUGCGGACAACCCUAUAGAUGUUCUUUUUAAGAUAAUGAAUUUUGCGGUAGCUUAUUAAAUCUUU